UUUUAACAAAUUCUUAAUCAUGGAAGUUGGCAGAAAUGUCCAUGAAACCAGAACAAUGGAAGAGGCUAUAAUCUCUGAAAGACACACCCUCAAGAAGGAAAGAGCUAUUGAAAAAUCCAUAUCCCUAAAUCUGCUGGAGAAACAUGAAAUGAAAUACCCAAUGCAGUUCAAUAGGCUCUGCUUAAACAUAGCCUUUGAUAGGAAUAUUGACCAAAAUUAUGCGAAGGAAAUAACGAAGAUCGGACGAAUUGGAUUAAGAAAUCUAGCAGAGGUUAUUUUUAACUAUAUUCAAUCUAAGAAAUCAAAAGUGACAAAGUCGCUCCUCUUAAGUAUUCCUAACAGAGUAAACAAGGUCUUAUUUGACAAUUUCUCUUUACAGAGGUAUAAAAUAUUUCGCUACUAUGCUCCAAACUUUACUAAGGUGUUGCCGAGCGUUACUAGGAUAGUUUCACUUGUAGGAUGAGAAAUUACCUCAAGUCACUUCAAAUCGUUACUCUAGCUGCAUGCAAUGCACAGGAGUUACGUUUUAUUAAAUGAAGGAUAUACGCUAGUAGCUUAAAAUUAAAUAUUAACAGGCCUUCAAAAAUCAAGAUUCUCACAUUUAUCGAGUGUGGAAAACAAAAAUAUAGCAAUUGGAAACAUUAUCCAGAAGCUUUUGAAUGCAUAAUGAAGUCAACCUCUAGCUGAGCAAUCCUUGACUCCUUGGAAAAAGUUGAGUUACUCGAUAACAGCAUUGCAAUGGCAAAUCUUAAUACUAUAAUUACGAAUUACUAUCAGGGGACCAGACCUAAUACCAAGAAAGUGAAUUUUGAAGUAUUCGAUGAUGAACUUAAGAUUUUCAGAGAGUUUCGUUAUUCUAAUAACAUAAAUUAA